UCACAUAGAGAGAGUAUGCUAGAGUAUCCAAGUUGUUUGAUCUAGUCUCCCGUGAUGAAUGCGGAAGCCCUGAUUGUAUAAUUUGAAUCUUGAAAGGCAACAAAAAUGUCCUUUCCCAUACCCGUGAAUAAUACUGUUCUCGACUGCACAAAUUCUUUCACCCCAUUCUCUGUCUCUGUGUUUUUGAUCUAGUAGGGACUGGCAUGACCCAAGUUGUUUAGAUGGUUAGGAUUGAAUUAUUCUUUUUAGAAUACAGAGACAAACGCCAAAAGACACAGCACUCCGCUCGAGGACAAUGUUCACAUUUUGAGCUUGCAGCUUUAUCAUCAACAACAAAUUUACUGCAACACUUUGUCUAUUUGCUCAUAAAUUUCCAUCCUUCGUCUUUACAGAGAUUUGCUUAUUUUGAUGGUGAUGGAUGCUUUGUCGGUUUUCAAGAAGAAGCUUUUUACAAAGGCUGUCUGAACCCAACUCUUGGAUGAAGAGGAUCUUCAACAAUGGGGUGGGUUUUAGUUUUAGUUUGCAGGAUUGUAUGUGUUGUAGUAUUGGGAUUGCUUUCUAGUCAUGGAUUAGUUGUUCAAGAACAACAGCUGAGCAGGGAUUUUUAUACAGAUUCCUGUCCUAAUGUUGAAAGAAUUGUGCGCAAUGUGGUGGCACAGAAACUAAAAGAGAAUCCUACUUCGGCUCCAGGGGCUCUUCGUCUGUUCUUCCAUGAUUGUUUUGUAGAGGGGUGUGAUGCAUCGGUUCUUAUUUCUUCUACUGAAAAGAAUAUAGCAGAGAAAGAUGCAGAUAUCAACAAGUCGUUACCUGGAGAUGGGUUCGAUGUAUUUUUCAGAGUGAAGAGAGCAUUGGAAUCACAGUGCCCUAAUGUUGUGUCUUGUGCUGAUGUUAUGGCCAUGGCAACCAGAGAUCUUGUUUCUAUGGUUGGAGGGCCAUCAUGGGAAGUUCUGAAGGGGCGCAGAGAUGGUCUCAUCUCAAAGGCAUCAAGGGUGGCAGGAAACUUGCCAACAGUAAACAUGACAGUCGAUCAGCUCAUUUUAUUAUUUCACUCCAAAGGUUUAAGCCCAGCUGACAUGGUGACUCUCUCUGGAGGUCACACCAUUGGAUUCGCACACUGCAAUGAGUUCAUGUAUCGAAUUUACAACUACAACAAAACAUACCAGGUCGAUCCCACCAUGAAUCCAAGCUAUGCAAGCACGCUCCGAUCUGCUUGUCCAAGAGAGGGUCUUGAUCCAGAUGUUGUAGCCGUCAAUGAUGUCUCCACUCCCACUGCUUUUGACAAUGCGUAUUAUCAGAAUGUUAAGAGAGGAUUUGCUCUUCUGGCUACAGAUCAAAUUCUUUAUGGGGAUCCUCGCACUAGUGCUUAUGUUAAUCUAUUUGCCACGUCCCAGGACAAGUUUUUUAACUUCUUUGGGCUUUCCAUGAUAAGGUUGGGCAAUGCGGGUGUUAAAACCGGAAAUCAAGGAGAAAUCCGCAGAGACUGCGGAGUCUUUAACAAUUAGAAGUAGCUCUGCUGUUUUUUCUGUUCUCUCUUAGCCAUUUUAUUGUCUCAUAAAUAUUCCUGUCACUAUUCAAAUUCUAAUAAUGAAAGGAGCAAUGUAUGAUUUUUCAUUGG